AUGGUUCUCGAAGCAGUAAUGGUUGUGGUGGACAACAGUGAAAGCAGUCGAAAUGGAGAUUAUACACCAACACGUUAUGAAGCGCAAUCCGAUGCCGUUUCUUGGAUUUUUUCUACCAUCACUCAAGCCAAUCCAGAAUCUUCAGUUGGUUUAAUGUCCAUGGGAGGUAAAGGACCGGAGGUUCUUGUUACUUUAACAACUGAUCAUGGAAAGAUCUUGGAUGGAUUACAUCGUACUAAGACUAAGAUUCGUGGAUCCAGUCACUUAGCUACUGGUAUUCAAAUCGCCGGUUUGGCACUCAAACAUCGACAAAACAAAUCCCAGCGUCAACGCAUAAUCGUUUUUACUUGCUCUCCAAUCGCAGAAGACGAAAAAUCACUUGUCAAGCUCGCCAAAAAGAUGAAGAAAAAUAACGUUUCAAUCGAUUUCGUUGUAUUCGGAGAACUUGAUGAUGAUGUCACCAAAAAACUGACAGCCUUCAAUGAGAAUGUCAAGGGAGGUGAUGGAUCACAUUUGGCCAUAAUUCCACCAGGACCCCAGCUUCUCAGUGAUCAGUUAAUGACUUCACCAAUUCUAAAUGGGGAUGGAGCUACUGGAGGAGUUGGUAUGGGUGGAGCUGAAACAAGUGGUGAUGCUGGCGCAUUUGAAUUUGGCAUCGACCCAAGCGUAGACCCAGAGUUGGCAUUAGCAUUGAGAAUGAGUAUGGAGGACGAGAAGGCUCGAGUCGAGAAAAACGAGAAGGAUCGACUAGAGAAGGAAGCAGCGGAGCAAUCUGCAUUAGGGGAGAUUAAGGAAGAGGAUGAGGCAUCCGCACCUCUGUUGAAUAAGGACGGAGAAGCCAGUGGGAGUGGGGACAAGAAGGACGAUGAUAAAAUGGAUACGGCUUAG